AUACUCCAGCCAAAAUGGACAUAGAGAAAGUCUUCCACAUGACUGGAGGAAUUGGCAACACUAGCUACGCCAAGAAUUCCUCACUUCAGAAGAAGGCAUCUGAUAAGGUGAAGCACAUAAUCAUAGAUACAGUUGAAGAGCUUUACCUUGCAACCACUCCAACCAGCUUUGGAAUUGCUGACUUGGGCUGUUCCUCUGGACCCAACACUCUGUCCAUUAUCAAAGACAUCUUUGUAGCCAUCCAAGGUCUCAUCAAGAGCCACAAGAUCCUGCAGCCGCCCCCACCUGCCUCUGAGUUCAGAGUCUACCUCAACGACCUUCCCACAAAUGACUUCAACUCAAUCUUCAAGGCCCUCCCUGAUUUCCACAGGCAACUCAGGAUUGAUGACUCUCACUUCCCUUCCAUUUUCAUGGGAGCUUACCCCGGCUCCUUCUAUGGAAGACUCUUCCCCAACACUUGCUUGCACUUCGUCCAUUCCUCUCACUGCUUGCACUGGCUUUCCAGGGUUCCUCCAGGGCUUUAUGACGAGCAGGGGAGGCCUGUGAACAAGGGAAGCGUUUACAUUACAGAAUCGAGCCCUGCAAUGGUGGCUGAAGCGUACUAUAAGCAAUUCCAGGAGGACUUUUCCUUGUUCCUAAGAUCAAGGUCUGAGGAGCUGGUGGUGGGGGGAAGAAUGGUGCUCAUCUUUCUGGGAAGAAGAGGACCUGAACAUGUUGACAGAGGCAACUCUUUCUUCUGGGAAAUCCUAACGCGUUCCUUUGCCAACCUGGCCUCCAAGGGAGAAGUAGAAGAGGAGAAGCUUGAUUCGUAUGAUGUGCAUUUCUACGCAGCAUCGAGGGAAGAGAUAGAAGAACAAGUGAGGAAAGAAGGGUCGUUUGAGUUGGAGAGGAUAGAGAUGUCUGAGAUAGAUAGAAAUGAGCAAGUUCAGGGGAGCUAUGGCAGUGUAGUUGCCAACACAGUGAGGGCCAUACAAGAAUCAAUGAUAAGCAAUCACUUCGGAGAAGCCAUUUUGGAUGCUUUGUUUGAGGAGUAUGCUGCACUGGUUGAUGAAGAAAUGGUGAAGCAGGAUAUCAAGCCUAUCAAUUUUGUUGUGGUUCUCAAGAAACUAUAAAGGCCCUGAAAGAUUCAAUUUUUAGAUGCCAUUGGAAAGACCUUUGUUUCAUCAAUACAAAAGCCAAGGCUAUGUAUGUUGCAAAAUCUAA